CUGAGCUGGAUAACGUCUCCUUCAACCCGCAGCACAGACUCAUUUCUCUACACACCAGCUCUGAGUGGAUGCUCAGCAGGGGUGUUUGAGAUAUUAGCGCGCUGUGGGGGGAAACGGCUCAGGGACUUCUACCAUCCACAUACAAAGAGCCGGCAGUCAGGAGGAAUAUGGGCAAAUCCGAAAGCCAAAUGGAUAUCAUGGAGAAAUCAAGUAAACCUGGAAAGCGCCGUUGGACUGUUGCAGAAAUCGGUCUGUCCGUGCUGCUGCUGUUGGUCAGCUGUGCCUUGGCUGGGUUGGCAGUCCUCUACACAUCGGUUGUGAAAGAGCAAUCCAACAGGACAACUUUGUCGAGGAGCACAACAAGUGAAGGCCAGCUGAUUCGCUCCAACAGUGUGUGUACAACUGCAGACUGUGUUACUGCAGCUGCUCGACUGUUGCAGAACAUGGAUAAGUCUGUGGAGCCUUGUGAUAACUUCUACCAGUACGCGUGCGGGGGUUGGCUGGAGAGACACGUGAUCCCGGAGACGAGCUCCCGCCACAGCAUCUUUGACAUUCUGCGGGACAAGCUAGAGAUUGUACUCAAAGGUGUUCUCGAGACGGACAAUGAAGAGGACAGAAAUGCCAUCAAGAAGGCCAAAGUCCUUUACAACUCCUGCAUGAAUGAGAGCCUCAUAGAGCAGCGUGACUCUAGGCCCCUCCUGAGGCUCAUCGAGAGUAUCGGGGACUGGCCUGUGGCGACAGAUGACUGGAACAUCACUACCGAGGAAGCAUGGAGCCUUGAGGACACACUGGCCAAGCUUACUGCUCAUUUCCACAAGAAGGUUCUGCUGGACAUGUAUGUGUGGACGGACGACCGGGACUCUCGGCGCCAUAUAAUUUAUAUUGACCAGCCGGGACUUGGAAUGCCAUCAAGAGACUAUUACUUCAACGAUGGAAACUACAAAAAAGUUCGAGAGGCCUAUCUACACUUCAUGGUUUCUAUUGCGAAGAUAACUCGAGAGGACAGGAACUUGACUCAGGAUGACGACCGAGUGUGGGAGGAAAUGAUACAAGUGCUGGAGCUGGAGACAGACAUCGCCAAUGCCACAUCACCGGCAGAGGAGCGCCAAGAUGUCACCGUUCUCUACAACAAGAUGACACUUGGAGAGCUACAGAGCACAUUCAACUUUAAUGGUUUUAACUGGACACGUUUUAUCCAAGGUGUUCUGGCCAGCGUGUCUGUUGACAUCCAGCUGGAGGAGGAGGUGGUGGUGUACAGCUCUCCGUACCUCGAGAAGAUGAAUGACGUUCUCCCCAAACACAGUGUCAGGACUAUGCAGAACUACCUCACCUGGCAGCUCAUCAUUGACAGGGUUAAUAGCUUGAGCCGCCGUUUCAAAGACGCCAGAGCCCGUUACAGAAAGACUCUCUACGGGACCACUGUGGAGGAUGCUUGGUGGCGGGAAUGUGUCCGGUAUGUCCAGAACAGCAUGGAGAACGCAGUUGGAGCUCUGUAUGUGCAUGAGACUUUUGCUGGAGAAAGCAAACGAAUGGUCAGUGACCUUAUCGGUAAGAUCCAGCAAGCGUAUGUGGAAACACUGGAGGAGUUGAGCUGGAUGGAUACUCCUUCGAAGGAGAAGGCAAGAGAGAAGGCCAUGGCAAUCAAGGAGCAUAUUGGCUAUCCGGAUCAUAUUCUGCAGAAAAGCAACCAGAAGCUUGACCAGGAGUACGCUCAUCUGAAUUUUAGUGAAGAAAACUACUUUGAGAACAUCCUUGAAAACCUCAAGUCUGAAGCACAGAAGAGUCUGAAGAAGCUCAGAGAACCAGUCGACCCAGACUUGUGGAUCAUUGGUGCUGCUGUGGUGAACGCAUUCUACUCACCCAACAGGAAUCAGAUAGUCUUUCCAGCAGGAAUCCUGCAGCCGCCUUUCUUCAGUAAACAUCAGCACCAGGCCCUUAACUUCGGUGGAAUAGGAAUGGUUAUCGGACAUGAGAUCACACACGGAUUUGAUGACAAUGGGCGUAAUUUUGACAAAGAUGGUAAUAUGCUGAACUGGUGGAGUAAUUUCUCUGCUGAGCAUUUUAAAGAUCAGUCACAGUGCAUGGUGCAACAAUAUGGCAACUUCAACUGGAAGCUGGCAGGUGGACAAAACGUCAGUGGAAUCAGCACUUUGGGGGAGAACAUUGCAGACAAUGGAGGUGUUCGUCAAGCAUUUAAGGCUUACCUAAAGUGGGUGGAGAUGAACGGCGAGGAUUCUCGUCUCCCUGGUCUAGACAUGGACCACAAGCAACUGUUCUUUCUUAACUUUGCCCAAGUAUGGUGUGGUGCUUAUCGGCCCGAGUAUGCCAGCCAGUCUAUCAAGACUGACUCACACAGUCCUUUAGAGUACAGGGUGCUUGGAUCUCUCCAGAAUUUCGAAGCGUUCUCAGAAGCUUUCCAGUGCAAGAAGGGCAGUCUGAUGAACCCCGAGCAGAAGUGUCGUGUCUGGUAGAAAGUUUUACUCUUGAGAAAAAUAUAUUUCUUGACUUGGGCAACUCAAAUCAUAAGAGCAAGUUCUCCACCUUAAACCCACAUAGACAUCCCUGCUUAUUUCCAAUGUAUUUUGGGCAGAGUAACGACACAGAUUUUUGCAUAUACUGUAGACGGAUAACAUCCUGGACUACACCCUAGUUUCAAAUCAUGAAGCAUGUAUAGUAUAGAAAGAAACUUGCUAGAGUAUCUUCUCAAGUUUGACGCGGUGUCUCCGGAUGAAAAGGUCACUUGUUCUUUCUUUGCUCUGUCCCACGGCAGAUGACGAGUGGGUACAUGAAUAUAAAGGCUAUAUAGAAUGGUUGAGGCUUAAAUGGCCCGUUUGAAAUGCUUUGCCAGCCUUUCUUGAACUACUUCUUUAAAAAAUCUCUUGUGCAGAUCUUGUGAUUGAUCCAUUAUCGUUUGGCGCUAAGCUGCCUUGGUAUCUCUACUCUAAUGUUUUGUUUUUAAGACAUUGUGCCACUUCAUAAGAAACAAUAGUGAACAAAUCUAACUCUGACUGAAGAGUGUGAAAUAAAUGAAAGCUCAGGGCUUUGCCGAAGUAAACUACAAUAGAAUUAGUCACACUCUGAGAGUUUGUUCAUUCACUGUUACAUGAAACAAAUUACCUAAAGACUUUAAGACUGUUAAAUCUGUGCAGCUUUAACCUUAAAUUAACAUUCUGAAAGAGCUGCGGCUUUCAACAUUUUUACACUUACAGAGUGGAUAAACAUUUAAAAUGUACAGAACUUUUUGAAGGAUAAUUUUUCUAAGUUUCUUUAUCACGUCCUGCAAAAGAUUGUUGCUCACUGCAGAAUUUUUGUUUGUGUGUCCUUUCCUGUAAGUAACCAUAUUCCAGAUGUUUUGAAAAGUACUAGUCGCCUGCUUCUUUUAUAGAUAGUGAGAGAACACCUGUGAUAUUGAUAAAAAAAACAACAAUGUAUAUCAGUUUAGAUACAGGUUUGGAUAUACAGUAGGUUGCUAAUCACAGCUGUGUUGUGUGCUUGAAGCCCAUUCCAUCUAUCUCUCUGAUCUAUUCGCCCUGUUACGUCAUUUUGAGAGGCUAUCAAGCUAUGUAAACACAUAAAAUGUGCCAUUUGUUGUAUGACACUUACCUACAUUUAUUCAAAGUUAUAUUGUCUGCUUGUAUGCUAUCUGUAAUUUUAACUCAACAUGGUGAUUGAUAUGUAGAAGAACAGUAAUUUACUUCACGAUGCGGUCCCCUGAGAGGAGAAGAACACACAGUGAUUACACAACUUUUAACCUCUGGGCAUACCCAAUUACUUGCUGAGGGAAAGGGAGAAGACAAACCCAUCACACACACACACACACACACACACACACACACACACACACACACACACACACACACACACACACACACGUCGGCAGGCAGCAGAUGAAGUGGUGUGCCCUGUGAUCUCACAUUGAUCAGUGCUGUGUAAGAUGAAAGGAUGAAGUGCAGUGUGCUGAAGCGUGGUGACCGCUGUAGCCGAACAACCCGCCAGCAGCCAGACACACACCGAAGAAUGGGGCUUGUCAUUAAAGAGAUGGCCAGGGCCAGGACUGUUAUUUUCUACCUUUAUUAUCAAGUAAUGACAGGAGAAUCAAAGCAGAGCAGAACUCAUAAGAGAGGUACUGUCUGCAGUACAAACAGCAGAAACACAAACAAACAGGCGGUUUUUUUUAAGGUUUGCUUGUCACUGGACACAUUCAGGAUGCCUUGGUGAACUGAACACGACUUUUAGGUCUCAACAGAGGCUGCAGAAUUGAAUGUGCAUAUUGAAGCUUUAGUCUGUCUUUACAUAUUGGCAAAUACUGUUGUGUUAAGCAGAGGGAGAGGACACUGAUAAAAAAAAAAAAAGGACUGUUUACUCAGAAUGUAUUUGGUGAUAGUGUGCUGCCAUCACAAAGCAAAAGGUUUGACAUUUUGGGAGAUGAUUAACCUGGAUAAGAAAUUGUCUGUUAAUUAUAAGCAACAGUCAGAUGGCCCAGUUAGCUUAGCGUAAAACAGGAAAAAGGGAGAAACAGCUAGUCUAACACAGCAUCCACACGGCAGCGUGCGUUGAAGCUUGCCGGCGGGCGUGUCUGAAGCUCGACCAACAACCAAUCACAUGAAUAUCCCGCCCCGGACACACAAGCACGCGGUUUGAUUGGCUAGAGCUUGUACUGGCAUAUGAUUUGAUUGGCAGACACUUCCGUCGAAGCUUGAAAAGUUGAACUUUUCUCAACUUUUGAAGCGAGCAACGGAGGCAAAGCGAAGCGACGGAACCACAAUGCAGUUCGGCAAAGCGUGACGUCACCCCAUUCAAAGUGAAUGGGAAGCAGCGUUGAAGCUUUAACGCACGCCUACGUGUGGACGGGCCGUAAGGAGCAAAAACAGACGUAAGCCAUUGAAAAAAAAAACGGAACAGAAAAAGAAAACAUCGGCACUGAUAAACUUAUAUUUGGCAGGCAUUUGUGCUAUAAACCUAACACUUGUUGCAGCGGACGUGAGUAAAAAUUAAACACUAAAUAGAAACGGUAAGGAAACCUUCACUGAAGAUACUCCUAUUAACAAAAAAAUAGGAACACAAUAAGAUAUUAGAUUGUAGUUAUGUCAUCAAAAUGACAAGUGUGGUAUACUUUCCUGGAGGUUCGUUUUUUUUGUAAUUCUUGUGUUUUAUUUUUGUCAUAAUUUAUUUUGGAAAAAAAAACAUUUAAUUCAAUGGCAAAAUGUAAAUUCACUGUCUGGACUCUAAAACAUUCUGUCUCUAUUCAAUGGUAACAAAAUCUGCCUUCCAGUUCCUUUGAAAUUGACAAGCUAAUAGUUAAGUGAAAAACAAUAUGCAUUGUAUGUAGUUCUCAUCUCCCUACGGUCACUGAAAAAGUUUACGAACAAAUGCCAUAAAGAGAGCGAAUAUAAGAACUCAUGUGCAGCAUAACAAAGUGUUUUUACGGUGCUUUGUUGUGCAAAAAUAUUAUUUUUUAAGCAAUAGCUGGGCAGAAAUAGUUGUUCAGACUACAAUCACUGGGAUAGUAAAUUGAUUUUUCAAAACAUUUAUUGGAUGUUUUAUGACAAAUUUGUUAUCUAUAGUUCAGCUGUAAGCUUUCAUUUUUCAGCUGCUCUUUUCGCUUUUUUCGGCCAUUUGGUCGUAACGUUUUCUGUGAAAUUAGAGAGCCUACUCUGUAUAAAAGAUAUCGUUUUAGAUGAAUGAAAAACUAGUGUAAAAAGAUAAAUUAAUGAUUAAUUAUCAUCUCAACUAGACUAUUCUCACAAAUGUAAAUACAGAUUAAGCAGUCUGUCUGCUAGGCUAAGCUAAUCGGCUGCUGUAGCCUUACAACAGACAAAAUACAUGAGUAUCAAUCUUCUUAUCUCACUCUUCUCCAGAAAGCAAAAGAGCGUAUCUCCCAAAAUGUCAAACUACUCAUUUAAACAAGGCACAUGUAUCUUGUCUGGUUCAGAGAAAUACUGAAGGAUAAAUCACGAGGUACGGAUUUAUCACGGGUUGCUGUUUGAAGGGCAACAGUUUGGACUGGACUGUUUAUCAGGUUUCCUCAAAAAGAGUCAAACUGUUCAAAAUAGUAAGCUGAACUCUAAAGGGUAAAUAUACAAUGUGUUAUUGUAGAUACUUGAUGUUCUAUACUGCAGUAUUUACAUAUUAAAGUUUUUAAUUAGGUAAGAGAAGAACCUCUUACCAUUGUUUUAGCUUCACAUUUACGUACAUGUUGAAAUUGUGUCGUUUUGAAAUUACCAGCCAAGUACAAACACAUUUUUGUUAUAUAUGAAAAUAUGUAUACCCAUCAGAAGAGUUUAUUUAUCUAUAUGAAUAUUUAUGAAAUACCAUUGUUGCUUUGCAAGAUUUUAGACGUUAAAGAUGUUUUCUGAAUGUUCCUGCUGCUAUGUAAUUAUCUAGAUUGCCAUUAAAGUGACUGUCUCAACU